AUGCCGCCAGUGAUGCCCCAGACCCCUCAUAAGGAUGACCUUGAGGAAACAUGGUCAUUCUUGGAAGCGGGCAUCAACAGCGUCAUGCUGAAGCUGGAAGAAGGAGUGGAUAUGAAGACUUACAUGGCCUUAUACACGGCGGUGCACAAUUUUUGCACUUCACAGAAAGCGGUCACCACUGGCCAUACCUUACAAACACAUCGGGGAGCACAUCUUCUUGGAGAGGAGCUCUAUAAAUUACUAGGGGAGUAUCUUUCGCGCCAUCUCGAAUCGGUGUACAAGGAAUCACAGAGUCAUUCCGAGGAAGCUCUUCUAGGCUUCUAUAUCCGCGAAUGGAAUCGUUACACAACCGCUGCCAAAUACGUCAACCACCUGUUCCGCUAUCUUAACCGCCACUGGGUCAAGCGCGAGAUCGAUGAGGGCAAGAAGAAUGUCUACGACGUGUAUACACUGCACCUGGUCAAGUGGAAGGAUGACUUCUUCGAGCAUGUCCAUGAGAAGGUCAUGGACGCGGUCUUGAACCUGAUUGAGAAACAGCGGAAUGGCGAGACGAUCGAACAAUCUCAAAUCAAGAGCAUCGUGGAUUCCUUUGUCUCGCUUGGCCUAGAUGAGAAUGACAGCACCAAGCCUACGCUCGAGGUCUACCGGAAAUACUUCCAGCAGCCGUUCCUCAACGCCACCCGGGUGUACUACGAGAACGAAUCCCGGCAGUUUGUUGCGGAGAACAGUGUGGUGGAAUACAUGAAGAAGGCAGAGGCGCGGCUUGACGAGGAGAAGGCUCGCGUGGGGCUUUACUUGCAUCCCGAUGUCACCAAGCACCUUACCGAGACCUGUUUGGACGUUCUCGUCACCGCCCACUCAACCUUGCUUCGAGAUGAAUUCCAGGUUCUAUUGGAUAACGAGCGCCAGGAGGAUCUCGCUCGGAUGUACCGACUUCUUUCUCGCAUCAAGGAGGGCUUGGAUCCUCUGCGCGCCACUUUCGAAAACCACGUCAGGAGAGCCGGCUUGGCUGCGGUCGAAAAGGUUGCCGCAGAGGGCGAGUCGUUCGAACCUAAACUGUACGUCGAUGCUCUGCUGCAGGUUCACACGCGGUAUCAAAACUUGGUUGAUGAGGCAUUCAACGGCGAGUCUGAGUUUGUCCGUUCUCUGGACAACGCAUGUCGAGAAUUCGUCAACCGCAACCGCAUUUGCAAAUCGAGCUCCACCAAGUCCCCCGAGCUGCUGGCACGCUACACAGACUCGUUGCUUAAGAAGGGAUCCAAGGCUGCCGAGGAGUCGGAGCUCGAGGAGAUGUUGGUGCAGAUCAUGACCGUCUUCAAGUACAUCGAGGACAAGGAUGUUUUCCAAAAAUUCUACUCCAAGAUGCUGGCCAAGCGCCUGGUGCACGUCAGCUCGGUGACUGAUGAUGCAGAGACCAGCAUGAUCAGCAAGUUGAAGGAGGCGUGUGGUUUCGAGUACACCAACAAGCUGCAGCGCAUGUUCCAAGACAUUCAGAUCUCGAAGGAUCUCAACGCCAACUACCGGGACUGGCAAGACAAGGUUCUGGAUGAUGACGAUCGGAAGAAAAUGGUCGACGCGCACUUCCAGAUUUUGGGAACCGGAUUCUGGCCCCUUAACCCGCCCACCACUGUCUUCCUGGCACCACAAGAGAUUGUGAAGACAGCCGAGCGGUUCCAGAAGUUCUACUUUGACAAGCACAGUGGCCGCAAGCUGACCUGGCUAUGGCAGCUGUGCAAAGGUGAAGUCAAGGCCAACUACAUCAAAAACACCAAGGUGCCAUAUACCUUCCAGGUGUCGACCUACCAAAUGGGCAUCUUGCUGCUCUUCAACGAGACCGACACGCUGUCGUAUCCCGAAAUCCAAAAGGCCACCACUCUCGGGUCCGAAAUCCUCGACCCCAACCUCAGCAUUCUCCUGAAGGCCAAGGUGCUCCUGGCUUCCCCCGAGGGUGCCAAGCCCGACCCAUCCACCACCUUCUCCCUGAACUACAACUUCAAAAACAAGAAAAUUAAAGUCAACCUGAACAUCCAGAUCAAGUCCGAACAAAAAGUAGAGGCGGACGACACACAUAAGACGAUAGAGGAGGACCGAAAACUGCUCCUGCAGUCGGCCAUUGUCCGUAUCAUGAAAUCGCGCAAGAAGAUGAAGCACGUCCAGCUGGUCCAGGAAGUCAUCCAGCAGGUCAAGUCACGCUUCCCGCCCAAGAUCCCAGACAUCAAAAAGAACAUCGAAGCUCUCAUGGAAAAAGAUUAUAUCGAGCGUUUGGAUGGGGACGAGAUCUCCUACAUUGCUUAA